GCUCGGCGCCGCUGCGCGGGGGCGGGCGGGGCGCAGGCGGCGAGCGGGGCCCGCGGAGCCGGCGCGUGAGGAAUUUUUCACCCUUUGCAGAAAGUCUCCUCUCUCACCCUUGCUGCUCACCUGCUGCACACUGAGCACACGAGACCUAUUUUUGAAGGGAAAUCCUGUACUAGCUGCCUGUUAUCAUUUUGAAAUAGAAGCUGAGAAGCUGAAAACAUGUUGGAAACAAUUGAUACGCAUCGGGCCCUCCAGGCCGUGGAGCGCUUGCAGGCCAGGCUUCGGGAUCGAGGUGAUACUGCAAAUGAGGAAAAGCUGAGCUUACUAAAAUCAGUGCUGCAGAGUCCCCUCUUCAGCCAGAUUCUCAACCUUCAGACCUCUGUUCAGCAGCUGAGAGAUCAGGUAAAUAUAACACCUUCCAUACAUACCACUAGUGAGUUCCCUCAGCUUCUCCAUCAUGGUCUGAGUGUGGGUUCCUCACUGCAUAAUGAGUCGUAUUUAUUGGCUCAGCAGAACGGCAGCACAGCUAACGUACUGGAAGCGUCGAUGAGAUCUGUCACUCCUCAGAUUAAUGGAAAAUCCUCUAGUGAUGACUUUGAGCAGCUGAUCAGAAAUAUGUCCCAGGGUCGUCUUGUUGAGACCAUUGAGCUUAUUAAACCUUUAAGUGGUGGUCUGGGCUUCAGUGUUGUGGGCCUGAAGAGUGAAAACAGGGGAGAACUAGGAAUAUUUGUUCAGGAAAUCCAGGAGGGGAGUGUGGCACAUAGAGAUGGAAAGCUGAAGGAAGCAGAUCAAAUCCUUGCUAUUAAUGGACAAGCACUCGAUCAGACAAUUACACAUCAACAGGCUAUCAGCAUCCUACAGAAGGCAAAAGAUAAUGUCCAGUUGGUUGUGGCCAGGGGCACUUACCCUCAGCUCAUCAGUCCUGUAGUUUCCCGAUCCCCAUCUGCUGCUAGCACAGUUUCAGCCCAUUCCAACCCGAUUCACUGGCAGCAUGUGGAGACCAUUGAGUUGGUGAAUGAUGGCUCUGGUUUGGGAUUUGGAAUAGUGGGAGGAAAGUCAACUGGAGUGAUAGUUAAGACCAUUCUCCCAGGAGGAGUAGCUGAUCAGCAUGGCAGAUUAUGCAGUGGAGACCACAUCUUGAAAAUUGGUGACACAGACCUGGCUGGAAUGAGCAGUGAGCAGGUGGCCCAAGUCCUCAGACAGUGUGGAAAUCGAGUGAAACUGGUGAUUGCAAGAGGUCCUAUUGAGGAUCCACCCCCACCAGCAGUCCCCCCAGGUACACCAGUACCCACCCCUACACCAGAGAAACAGGCAGAGGCUUCUUUUGACAACUGUGAAGAUGGAGAGAAGUUUAACGUGGAACUCACUAAAAACAUCCAAGGUUUAGGAAUAACUAUUGCUGGUUACAUUGGAGACAAAACCUCAGAACCUUCUGGUAUCUUUGUGAAAAGCAUUACGAAAGGCAGUGCUGUUGAACGUGACGGCAGAAUCCAUGUUGGAGAUCAAAUUAUAGUUGUGGAUGGAACAAAUCUUCAGGGUUUUACGAACCAGCAAGCAGUGGAUGUUUUGCGGCAUACGGGACAAACAGUUCGACUCACUUUGAUCAGAAGAAGGCUUAAGCAGGAAAAUCAGACUCAGCCCCAGGAAGACUUCAGUGCUGCUGUUGAAAAGGACUUCCUGCUCCAAAUGAUGGAUAGUGGCACAGCCAAGGAAAACAGUGAAACAGAACAGGGAUCUCCAUCACUGCCAUACAGCACCAGUGCGGUAAACAUUGGAGAGGACAUUAAACAACAGGAAACAGAUUUCCAGUUAACUACUGCAGAAGAAUUAGCUCUGAAGAAUAGAUGGCAGAGAAUUAUGGGUUCAAAUUAUGAAAUAGUGGUGGUUGUAGUUAACAAAUUUAGUGAAAGCAGUGGGUUAGGGAUAAGCCUUGAAGCUACAGUGGGACAUCAUUUCAUCAGAUCUAUCUUACCAGAGGGGCCAGUUGGACGAAGUGGCAAGUUGGUUAGUGGAGAUGAGCUGCUGGAAGUAAAUGAGAUCUCCUUGCUUGGAGAAAAUCACAAGGAUGUGGUCAAUAUCUUGAAAGAAUUGCCUAUUAAGGUGACGAUGGUGUGCUGCCGUCUGGUGGCUUCCCCUAUCAGUCACCCAGAAGUAACGGACAGUCUAAGCCUCUCUGAGGUUCAGCUCACAGAAAAGGCUCACGUAGAACUUGGUUUCAUUGGCUCCUCAGACACAGAGGGAAGAGCUUUGGAAAUCACUGAUGAUGAUCAGAAUAUGGAAGACGUGCCAGGCUCUUCCUUGGCAAUGUGGGAAACAGAAGUACAGCACAUUGAGCUGGAAAAAGGGAAUAUGGGACUUGGAUUUAGCAUAUUAGACUACCAGGAUCCCGUGGACCCAGCAAACACGGUAAUUGUAAUUCGCUCCUUAGUUCCUGGUGGUGUGGCUGAGCAAGAUGGCAGGCUUCUUCCUGGAGAUCGGCUCAUGUUUGUCAACGAUACCAACCUGGAAAACGGCAGCCUGGAAGAAGCGGUACAGGCGCUGAAAGGAGCCCCGGCAGGAACAGUGAAAAUAGGAGUUGCCAAACCACUGCCUCUGUCACCAGAAGAGGGCUAUGUCUCUGCUAAGGAAGAUUGCUUUUUCUGCACUGUCCAGUCACUUGAGGAGGAGGGCCCAGCUGAUGCAGCCCUCUUCCGUGCUGAGCUGGCUCUGGUGGACUCCAGCGAGGCAGAUCUGGCGGACGAGUCCACCUUCGACUCGCAGUGCUCCCCGGACGAUGACAGCACCUUCCGGGCAUCCACGGUAGCUCUGCGCGGCAGCGCCUGCAGCGAUGAGCUCAGCUACAGCCUCCCUCUCCCGUCGUCAACUCCCAAGGCUAUUGGAGAGGAAAGUUCAAAAACUGCAGCUGAUUUCCAACUAUCCGGCAAGAGUCUGUACAACAUGGAUCUGAAUCAGAGAGUUAGAGAGAAAACAUCCCUAGCGGGCAAGAGCUUGGAAACUGCCUCUGGUUUUACUAACAAAGAGCUUCUGCCUUUGGAUGUUUCGGAUAUCAACCAAAAUGAAAAUGAAAACACAGCAACUCAGACUGGACCUCAGCCAGCAGCAGAAGAUGCACGAAAUACAAACCUUGCUACUACGAUGCAGCUGGAUCUCACUGGAAAAGAUCAAGUGCUUUUAAUGGAAAAGAGCUGCCCAGUAUCUGUGGAGGGAAGUUCUGCAGUCCCAAAUUCAGUCAAAAACAUGUAUGAGAGGACUAUUACUAUCGCAAAAGGCAAUUCAAGUCUAGGGAUGACAGUAAGUUCCAAUAAAGAUGGCUCAGGAAUGAUAGUCCGCAGCGUCAUCCACGGAGGCUCGAUCAGUCGUGACGGACGGAUUGGUGUGGGGGACUGUAUCCUGUCUAUUAAUGAAGAAUCAACCUCUAACUUAACCAAUGCACAAGCACGGGCUAUGCUAAGGAGGCAUUCGCUCAUUGGACCAGAUAUAAAAUCUUCUCCAGCACCUGCUGAUGAUCAGGCCCUCUUUUAUGUUAUUACCUAUGUGGCAGCAGAAAAUUUAGAAGAGUACCGAGCCAGCUUAGGACAACAGACAGAGGGAGCUGUGCCACUUGAUCUUUUUUCUUCACAUGCUGUCAACAGAGAAAUUCCAGAACUUCCAGAACGUGAAGAGGGGGAGGGAGAAGAAAGUGAACUUCAAAAUGCAGCUUUCAGUAACUGGAACCAGCCCAGAAAGGUUGAACUUUGGAGAGAGCCUGGCAAGUCACUGGGGAUCAGCAUCGUUGGUGGGCGAGGGAUGGGGAGCCGCCUGAGUAAUGGGGAAGUGAUGAGGGGGAUCUUUAUCAAACACAUCCUGGAAGACAGCCCAGCAGGCAAAAAUGGCACACUGAAAACCGGAGAUCGAAUUGUGGAGGUGGAUGGAAUUGACCUCAGAGAUGCCAGCCACGAACAAGCUGUGGAAGCCAUACGGAAGGCAGGCAAUCCUGUAGUCUUUAUGGUACAAAGCAUUAUAAGCAGACCAAGGGCAUCCAGUCAAUCAGAUUCAGAGCCAGAAAAAACUUCAUUUUGUAACUUGCCUCUGCCCCCUCCUUCAGCAUUUUCAGGAAUGAGCUGUGAUGUUGCACAGUCAUCUUCCAGCAAAGUCCCAGAGGAUGUGGAGAAAGAGGAUGAGUUUGGUUACAGCUGGAAAAAGAUCGUGCAGCGCUAUGGAAAUUUACCUGGGGAGCUACACAUGAUUGAGCUGGAAAAAGGAAGGACAGGUCUGGGACUUAGUCUUGCUGGUAACAAAGAUCGAUCCAGGAUGAGUGUCUUUAUAGUGGGAAUUGAUCCAGUUGGAGCAGCUGGCAAAGAUGGCAGGUUACAGAUUGCAGAUGAGUUACUAGAGAUAAAUGGGCAAAUACUCUAUGGAAGGACUCAUCAGAAUGCGUCAUCAAUAAUCAAAUGUGCAGCAUCUAAAGUAAAAAUAAUCUUUAUCAGAAAUAAAGAUGCAGUAAAUCAGAUGGCUGUUUGUCCUGGGAAGUCAGUAGAGUCCUCAUCUUGUACUUCAGGGGCACUUCAAAACCAAGAGACUGAUCUCAGUGCUACGAAUGCUAAUGCUUUUGCUGACUUUAGUUCGUAUAAAACCAUUCAGCAUGUGGAGCUACCUAAGGAUCAAGGAGGAUUGGGAAUUGCUAUUAGUGAAGAAGACACAAUUAGUGGAGUAGUUAUUAAGAGCUUGACAGAUCAUGGUGCAGCAGCAAAGGAUGGACGAAUCAAAGUUGGCGAUCAAAUCCUGGCAGUGGAUGAUGAAAUUGUUGUGGGCUAUCCAGUAGAAAAGUUUAUCAGUCUCCUGAAGACAUCCAAAACCACAGUGAAGCUUACAAUCAACUCAGCGGAGGUGGACAGCCUGACUGCAGCACCAGUCCCUGCCAGCACUGCCCUAGCAGAGAAGAGGAAUAUCCAGCAGCCUGCAACUGUCCCCGCUUCAGGCUCACCAGAACCAGAGGCCAUCAGAAACACAAGCAGAUCUUCAACUCCAGCCACGUUAGCUUCUGACCCAGCUACAUGUCCCAUCAUUCCUGGAUGUGAAACAACCAUUGAUAUCUCCAAAGGACGGACUGGUCUUGGUCUGAGCAUUGUUGGAGGAGCAGACACUUUGCUGGGAGCAAUCAUUAUCCAUGAAGUAUAUGAAGAAGGAGCGGCAUCUAAAGAUGGGAGACUAUGGGCUGGGGAUCAGAUAUUAGAGGUGAAUGGGAUUGAUCUGAGGAAUGCCACACAUGAUGAAGCAAUAAAUGUACUCAGACAGACGCCACAAAAAGUUCGUCUAACUGUAUACAGAGAUGAGGCCCAGUAUAAGGAGGAAGAUAUGUAUGAUGUACUCAAUAUAGAGCUGCAAAAGAAGCCUGGUAAAGGCCUUGGACUGAGUAUAGUUGGGAAAAGAAAUGAUACGGGAGUGUUUGUGUCAGACAUCGUCAAAGGAGGAAUAGCAGAUGCAGAUGGGAGAUUGAUGCAAGGAGACCAGAUACUGACAGUGAAUGGAGAAGAUGUUCGAAAUGCUAACCAAGAGGCUGUUGCAGCUUUGCUAAAGUGUUCAUUAGGUACAGUAAGACUAGAGGUCGGAAGAAUAAAAGCUGGUCCGUUCCAUUCUGAGAGGAGAACAUCCCAGAGCAGCCAGGUCAGUGAAGGAAGUGGCAGUCUCUCAUCCUUCAGUUUCCCAGUUUCUGGUUCCAGUGCACCUGAGGUCUUUGAAAGUGGUCUGAAGAAGAAUACCACAGCUUCUGAAAUACAGGGAUUAAGAACAGUCGAAAUAAAAAAGGGCCCUGCAGAUUCACUAGGAGUAAGCAUUGCUGGAGGUGUAGGAAGUCCUCUUGGAGAUGUCCCUAUUUUUAUCGCCAUGAUGCAUCCAAAUGGAGUUGCAGCUCAGACUCAGAAACUCAGAGUUGGAGACAGGAUUGUUAGCAUCUGUGGAACAUCUACCGAAGGUAUGACUCACUCCCAAGCUGUUAGCCUCUUGAAGAAUGCUUCUGGCACUAUGGAGUUGCAGGUUGUAGCUGGAGGAGAUGUGAGUGUCGUAACUGGUCAGCAGCAGGAUCCACCUACAUCCAAUCUUUCAUUUACAGGGCUAACUUCGACCAGCAUUUUUCAGGAUGAUUUAGGACCUCCUCAGUACAAAACCAUUACACUGGAUCGAGGACCAGACGGCCUAGGCUUUAGUAUUGUGGGGGGAUAUGGCAGUCCCCAUGGAGAUUUGCCCAUUUAUGUGAAGACAGUAUUUGCAAAGGGUGCAGCAGCAGAAGACGGACGCCUGAAGAGAGGGGAUCAAAUCAUUGCUGUGAAUGGGCAGAGUUUAGAAGGGGUCACCCAUGAGGAAGCAGUUGCUAUUUUAAAAAGGACAAAAGGAACAGUCACUCUGACCGUUUUGUCAUGAACCAGCUGCUCAGAGAAGUAGGGUCAACAAGACCUUACUAUUUACAUUCCACAUAGCAAAGAGAAUGGAAGUGUUUAUAUAGCCUUCUUGUUCUUCUGGCUUCUUAGGACCAUGUUACUUCACUGAAGAAAAAUAACAUUUAAUCAUAUUUUUGUAUAUGAUAGAAGUAUUUGUCUUACGAUUAGAGCACUGGGAUGGAGUUACGUCACAUCUAUGGUAAAGUUAUUUUUUCCUUGUAAUAUUAUGAUGGUGACUUGUGAUCCACCAAAAAAAAAGUUUGAUUUUUGAUUUAAUAACCAUACAGAGAAACUGGAAUGUUUUUCUCAGAGGCUUUGAAUAUUUGAAAUAUAUGGGAAAAAGUUUGGAUAAAAUAAAGUCAUCAAGUCAGUAAGGGGAUGGCAAGGGCAAAACUUACCAAGCAGAAAGUGUAAGAUUAUUGAAGAAAGAAAGUAUUGACAAAAUAUGGAAGUUUUGGAGGAGACAGAGAAGUAGGUAGUAUGGAGGCAGAUGAUUCAAUAAUUUAGAUGAUUAUUUGCAUGAUUUCACAAUGCCCAAGUGGAAGGAGCUAGGAGGAAGAGCUGGCUUUUCUGUUUGUGUUGUUUUGUUUCAUGUUUUUUUUUUUUUUCCUAAGUCAUGGUGUAUCCAACAAAAGGAAACUAUUCUUUUUAGUUUCACUUACCUUUUUUUUUGGG